UUCAUUAUUUUUCUCUCCUCCAAAGUUCUUCCUUGGUUUUAUUGCUUGCUUACCAGCUCAACUAAUUCUUUUUCCAGUAACUUCCUUUGUUUUAAGUUGCUAAUAUUUGUGUUAAUUGUUUAUAACACAAUCUUUUUUUGUGCAUAUAAUCGAUUUUCAUACUAUAAUUUCAAGCCUAUACUUCCUUUGCAAGUUUAUAUCAUAUACUUACUAGUUACUUUACUACCCACAAAUUUUUUAUUGUUUUAACCUUAAAAACAUUGAUUUCAUUGCUUAACUUCUUAAAAAACAGCACAAAAAUCCCUGCAUUUUUUGGUUGUUAAAAAUCUUGUACUUUUUGUCCUGUAAUAUUUCCUCUGUUUUCCCCUGUUUUCUCUGUUUUUUUACCUUAAUUCAUCCAUGGCUCCCCCAAAUGACCUAGAUGUACCAAUCAUUAGUCUAAUCAAAGAAAAAUCCUUGGAACAAUAUUUUGAUUUAUCCCGUGAUAGAAAACUAAGUAUCAAAGGUGUGACUUUACUGUCUGAAAUCCCAAAUAAUGUCUCCUUCACUGAAUUCUCCUCUAUUUGCAACUACUCUAAAUCAGAUGCUCCUUUUCCUCUUCUUCAACGUGUACAAUCAACCUCUCAUAGAGGCGGAUUCUUCGGUUUCGAAGUCGAAGAACCCGCCAAUAUGAUCAUUAACUCCCUAGGAAAAUUCCAUGAUAGGAACUUCCUAAGCAUCUUUAGGUUCAAAACAUGGUGGUCUACACAAUGGGUAGGAAAAUGUGGGUCAGAUUUACAAAUGGAGACUCAAUGGGUGUUGCUCGAGGUACCCGAAAUCGAGUCAUAUGUUCUCAUUGUGCCCCUGAUUGAGGAUAGUUUUAGGUCUGCCCUUCAUCCUGGGGAUGAUGGGCAUGUAAUGAUUUGUGUUGAGAGUGGUUCUAGUGAAGUUAUAGAGUCCAAUUUUAAGGCUAUAGUUUAUGUUCAUGUAUGUGAUAACCCUUAUAAUAUAAUGAAAGAAGCAUUUAGUGCUAUUAGGGUACAUCUUAACACAUUUAGGCUCUUAGAAGAGAAGAAAAUUCCUAGUAUUGUGGAUAAAUUUGGUUGGUGUACUUGGGAUGCAUUUUAUUUGAGUGUUGAACCUAAGGGUGUUUUUCAUGGAGUGGAUGAAUUUUCUCAAGGUGGGUUUCCAAUUAGGUUUUUGAUCAUUGAUGAUGGAUGGCAAAGUGUUAUUUGUGAUGAGGAUAACAUACAUGAAGAUAAGAAUAAGAGUCUUGUUCUUGGUGGUGAACAAAUGACUUUGAGACUUUAUAGAUUUGAUGAAGGAGAAAAGUUUAGGAAAUACAAAGGUGGUAUGUUGUUAGGGUCUAACCCUUUACCUUACAAUCCUAUGAAGCCAAAAUUGAUCAUCUCGAAAGCUAUUGAGAUCGAGCAUGCUGAGAAGGAACGAAUGAGGGCUGAUAUCGAUUUAUCAGCCCUCGAGGAGAAGAUCCUAAUGUUGAAGCAAGAGCUAGAUGAGUUGAUGGGAGGAGAUGAUCAAAGCGAGGGCGAUACAAGUGAUCAAAGUUGUGAAGUUGAAGAAUAUGGUAUGAAGGCUUUUACUAAGGAUCUUAGGAAAAAGUUUAAGGGUUUAGAUGAUAUAUGGGUUUGGCAUGCUCUUUGUGGUGCUUGGGGUGGUGUUAGGCCUGAAACAACACAUCUUAAUGCAAGUGUAAUACCUUGUAAAUUGUCACCUGGUUUAGCUGGAACAAUGGAUGAUCUUGCUGUGGAGAAAAUUGUUGAAGGUGGAAUUGGACUUGUUCAUCCUGAUCAAGCUAGUGAUUUGUAUGAUUCUAUGCAUUCAUAUCUUUCUAGUGUUGGUAUUACUGGUGUUAAAGUUGAUGUUAUACAAACACUUGAAUAUGUAUCUGAGAAAUUUGGAGGAAGGGUAGAGUUAGCAAAGAAAUAUUAUGAUGGAUUGUCCAAAUCUUUGAAGAAGAAUUUCAAUGGUAGUAACCUUCUUUCUAGUAUGGAGCAAUGCAAUGACUUUCUAUUCCUUGGAACUAAACAAAUAUCCAUGGGAAGAGUAGGUGAUGAUUUUUGGUUCCAAGAUCCAAAUGGGGACCCAAAUGGGGUGUUUUGGCUACAAGGGGUGCAUAUGAUCCAUUGCUCAUAUAAUAGCUUAUGGAUGGGUCAGAUUUUCCACCCUGAUUGGGACAUGUUCCAGAGUGAUCACGUUUGUGCUAAGUUCCACGCCGGUGCUCGCGCCAUCUGUGGUGGACCGAUCUAUGUUAGUGACUCACUUGGUGGCCAUGACUUUGAUCUCCUUGAGAAGCUUGUUUACCCUGAUGGAACCAUCCCUAUAUGUCAACAUUUUACACUUCCAACUAGGGAUGUUCUCUUCAAGAACCCACUCUUUGAUCAAGAAUCUAUUCUUAAGUUAUGGAACUUCAAUAAGUAUGGAGCUGUUAUUGGAGCAUUUAAUUGUCAAGGAGCAGGGUGGGAUAAGGAGCUAAGAAGAAUUAAGGGUUACAAGCAAUGUUACAAAACUAUGGAAGGUUUGAUACGUAUAAAGGAUAUAGAGUGGGACCAAACAUUGGAAAGCAUAGAAAUGGGUUAUGCUAACGAAUAUGUGGUAUACCUUAACCAAGUAGACUCACUUAUGUUGGUGACACUCGACUCCGACCCAAUUCAUGUCGUGUUGAUUCCCUCAUCUUUCGAACUUUUAAGCUUUGUUCCGGUCAAGAUGCUAGGACAAGGUGUCAAGUUCGCGCCAAUUGGCCUUAGCAACAUGUUUAACAGUGGAGGAACUAUCCAAGAACUUGAGUUUGGGGACUUAAGUGCAAAGAUGAAGAUCAAAGGAAAAGGUACUUUGUUGGCAUAUUCAAAUGAGGCACCAAAGAAGUGCAUUGUUAAUAAUGAGGAAGUGGAAUUUCAGUGGUCUAAUGAUGAGAACAAGUUGGUGACUUAUUUGCCUUGGAUUGAAGAGCUUGGUGGUGUUUCUGAAGUCAUUGUUCAAUAUUGAUGAAGAAUCAGUGACAUAUACUUUGGACACUUUGAGAGUUACUAAUAUUUUGGUUUUAUUAGUUUCAUUGAAUCCUUUUGUUUGAUUAUUUUAUUUUCUGUCAUUAUAUUAUAAUUGUGUUAUGUAAUUCACUUGUGUAAAUUGUAAGUAUAACUACAUGAUUUGGAGUGGAGAUUGAUGAGGAAAAAUUUGCAUAUAAAUUUUAAUUUCAAAGUUU